CUUAGUUCUUGGGAUCAACAGUAAAUCUACGAAUCGCUUUUCUCUGUAAAAAUAUCCCAUUGUCUUUCCAGUCGCGCUUUGGCCACCUCGAUGGUCUCUUUACCAGUUCCAUAGUGCAGCUAACCCGCGCAAUCUGCACUAAACAUGCCUCCCCGAUUAUCUCCUUCCGCGGUCUCUCUUACCUUAACUACGACACCCACAAUCCACACCCAUUGCAAAUCAUGCUUCCAGCGAGCCUUCUCCUCCACCCCUUCGCUCUCUCAGACUAAGCUCCGUGAGCAGUUCUGGCUAUGGCUUCGAGGACCCGGAGAGAACUUCCGCCACCCGCUUCCAGGAUCGACCAACUACUUGUCCGCCUACGACAGGAGAGGAAACCUCAUUCGCGGUAGAGGCCAGGAACCAUCGGGGGGGUCUGCGAAAGAAAAGAAUGCCGAAGAUGCCAUGACGGCAGAUGAAGAAGCUCUCGAAGCAGCUGCCACGGAACAUGAAGAGGAGUACAAGCUCCCCAAGGAGACCCUGGACGAUCUGCGGCCGUUUCCCUGGAACAAGCAGUUUGUGAGCCAGAGUAUUCUGUCCGAGGAUCUCAGGAAUGAGAUCUGGGAAAGAGUACAACGGCAGGGGAAGUCGGUCAGGCAGGUCUCGACGGAAAUGGGCGUGGAUAUGAGGAGAGUGGCUGCCGUGGUGAGGCUGGUGGAGGUUGAAAGGAGAAUGAGGACAGAGGGCAAAUCCCUCGCUAUCCCGUAUGCUCGCGCCAUUCACGGCAUGGUGCCUCUUACGACCCUCAACCCUACAACGCGCUUGCCCCACGAACCUCAUGAAUCCAUAAAUGAUCUAGAACAGCAUCCGCUCACCUUCCCACAAAUUUUUUACCCAACCUCUGAGUCACGCGCGUUCAACCGUACCGAUGCAGGAAGAGUAUUUAGUGGAGCACCACGACUCCCUGACGAGCAGGAGCACGCCAUAAAUGACGGAGUCCAUGAAGCAUGGCAGGAUUCGAAAGCCGAGAUUAUUGGCAGACCGGGCCACACGCGCACAGUAUUGAAACCAGCAGACUCGCGCAUUCCUCACCCGCACUUGAUUGCGUUUGAAAAGGACAAAAUGGAUCGGGCACUCACACCGCUCGAGAGACGUGCGCGCCAUCGUGAGCGCUUAGCCAGAGACGAGGAGAGACGUCGGGCUGUGAAAGCCAAGCUGCAGCAGGAGGAGGAAAGCAAAAGGACGAGAAUCGACGUGGGAAGGUGGCAGCUUGUGGUCACAGAGGUGCAGAGUACCAGGCAAGGGACCGGGCUGGAUGGACGGGGAUCUGGGAAAGGCGCAGUGGGCCAAAGAUAUGGUGUGCCGAGCCAGGAGAGAAAGAAGGGCCAAGUCAAGAUCCCUACCAAAGUGGAGGUGUAAGUCUGGCGAAGAAGCAGAAUACCAUCCGAGAGGCAGAUCCAGACCCAGAUUGUGUCUCUCUACAAGCGGUCAGAGAACGAUCGGAGAACGCACAUUCUUGUGUGCUGAGAAGUGAUUGCUGGAAGUGCGAUGAGGCAAUCCCUAGCCAAACUGAGGUUGACGUCGAGCUGCGUGCCUCGCCCCGACGCUCCUGGUCACAACUCUUUGCGCCUCUCCUGCUGGUCUCCACGGGUGUACGGUGUAUCUCUCGCAUGGCAACAGGCAUCGACCGAGCCUUUCGGCGGCUAUGUACCUUUGCUGCUUCAUGAGGUCGUUAGGCUUAUGCUGGCCAGCGUUGCAAAACCCUGUGCCGCACUGUACAUCGUCAUCAGUCGUCGCGAGAUCGUGCCAUAUAUUCUUGUAUAAUAUAAACAUAUCAAUAUUCUG